UCGGUCCUUUUAUGCGCCACCAAUUUGAGAUGAAAUCUUGGCGCUCCACCCGCGAGACGCGGCAAGAGUGGCUGAAUUGACCACAGCCUUAGAAGUGCGCAAGAUCAGCAUACUAACAUCAACUUCACCUCCAUCAACCGACCCAACUACCGCAGGUCACUACCGACAAUUGCAGUAGAGACUAGGAAACGAGCAGGACACAGCUGUACGUCACAGGCAACUCGUCGCACGCGUUUUUGAAUCGGCAUCAGUCGGAAAACCUGUAUCUUUUUAGAGAAUCGCUCGGAAAUGACCCAGGCAGAGCCUAAGGAAUGGAUCCUGGACGAAGAGAAUGAGCUGCGAAUCGAGAUCGAUUUUGAUGCCAAGGUCAAGUUGCGUUUGGUAACAGGGACAGCCGAGGUAUUUGGCACGGAGCUCGGUCAGAAUGUCGACUAUGAGUUCUCAGGACGAAAAAUCGCUGUCUUUACAUGGCACGGUUGCAAGCUCCAGAUCUACGGCACCUGCAGCGUCGAAUACAUAGCGAACGAGACGCCAAUGAUCAGCUAUUUGAACAUGCACCUGGCAUUGGAACAGCGGCGCGUCCUUGCAACCCAAAAUAAUGGACAGGGGCCUAGGGUGUUGAUUGUCGGGCCGAAUGAUGUGGGCAAGACAUCGCUCUCGAAGAUACUUCUCAGCUAUGCGUUACGGCAGAACCGGCAGCCCAUUUACGUGGAUCUCGACUGCAGCGAGGGAUCUAUUACUAUGCCAGGGUGUUUGACUGCGACCCCGUUGACGGAGAUGAUUGAUGUGGAAGAGGGCUUUGGAUCGUCAGCAACAUCUGCACCGACCGCCGGAUCAGCCGUGAUGCCAUUGGCAUAUUACUAUGGAUUCCCUUCACCCAAGGAUAAUGCCAAGCUGUAUAAUGUGUUACUCGCCCGACUUGCGCAGUCCGUAAACAGGAGACUUGAAGAGGACGAAGCAGCACGGAAAUCAGGGAUUGUGAUUGACACGAAUGGGUUGAUUGACGCCACUGGAUAUGAGGUUAUUGCGAACUGCAUAAAGGCAUUCUCAGUGGACGUGAUUAUUGUUUUGGGGCACGAGAGGCUAUACAGCGACAUGACGCGGCUUCACCAAAAGCCUGCUACAGUCACAUCUCCUGGGAUCGCUGUGAUUAAACUCGCAAAAUCCGGUGGUGUGGUCGAGCGCGACUCUGGCUUUAGACGACAGACACAGAACCAGAAGAUCCGGGAAUACUUUUACGGGACUGCAAAGUCAGAACUGGCGCCGUAUUCGACGAUGAUCAAUUAUCAUGAUGUCGAGAUCUUGCGCGUGGGCGAGGGGUCAUUGGCUCCGUCGUCAGCACUACCGAUUGGGGAGGAUCGGAAGGUGAGCGAGACGCAGGUGGUGAAGGUCGAACCUGGCGAGCAUCUGUUGCACUCGGUGCUGGCAGUGUCGAAUGCAGACAAGAUGAAGGAACCGGAGAUUUUGGAGACAAACUUGGCAGGGUUUGUGUAUGUCUCUGAGAUUCAUGAGACGAGAAAGAAGAUCACGGUGCUGUCGCCAUGCCCGGGGAGGAUACCGAAGAAGUUUUGGUGGUUGGGCAGUCUUAAAUGGGCGGAGGAAUAGGGAGUUGUCUGCACUUUACUUUAAUAAAUGACUGAUAU